AUGAGUUGCGGUUGCGGUUGUGGUUGCGGUUGCUGUAAUGUCUGCAGAACGGUCUGUUCUGACUACGUCACCGACCCUUGUGGAUUCUUCCCAGGGCAUUCUUGGAUCACCUGCGGUAGCAACUUUGCACCACCUCACGGCUGGAGCAACACUGGUCCAUUCGCACCCUACCGCUACGGAGGAGGCUAUGGGUGCUGCUAA